UUUAAGCACGUGUAUAUUUUAGAUUUUGUAUUUUAUACACUAUUUAUAAAUUAACUUAUUUUUAAACAAUAGUUUUCAGCCAGGAAGAAAAAAUCUAUUGCUUCUGAACAACUUAAGUUGAACAGCUUAGCUUAACUUAAGUUUGAACACUUAAUGCUCCGUAUUUUGCCGAAACGACCCACUGUGCGCAGCAGCAGCGGCUGCGCAGAAGAAAGAGAGCCAUCGCGGAUCCACUUCCAUUCAGUUUCAGGCCAUGCCAUUCAAUUCCGUCAUUGCGUCGCGAGAUCUUUGCCGUGCAGGUUGCGGAUUCGUUUUGGCCAAGAAGCCAGGGAAAUGGUUAUUUCACUUCCGUGAGUGUGUGUUUGUGGGAAUAUUUCGGUAACGAAACUUUCUUCAACAGCUGGCCAUCGUUUGUAUGUAAAUGCAAAUCACUUAAGAAGGCUGGAAGCGAGACAAGUGGAGUGAAGAAAGUGCAAAACAGGUUUUCGACUUGCAGGCAAACGUGGCAAAAUAAAAAAUUAACAAAACAAAAAAAAAGUGAAAAAAGAAGUGAUUGUUUGAUUAGCGCCGUAUUAUCUCAUGCUUGAGGAUCGCUAAUCGAUCAGUGAAAGUGGUUGUAAAAAACAAUGCGAGAAAGAAAUGCCAGCUAAAAGCCCAUGCUAAAACUAAAACAAUAACAAAAACGAGGAAACCGCUAUGUCUGCCACCUACACAAAUACAAUUACACAGCGCCGCAAGGCGGGCAAAGUGAGGCAACAACAACAAUGCGAUUUGAGCGGCGAGCAAAACGAAAGACUUCACUUUCGCAGCCGUUCAACAAACUCGAAAGCAACAACAACGGCUGCGGUCGUGGGAAGUUCACCUUCACCACUGUGCUGUAACGGUGCUCUAACGCUGCUCAAUUGUUGCGUCGACGUCAAUUGCCAUUUGAAUGCCCCACUGCGCGGCAGCGUUAGUCGGCAUACGACGCCGACGCCUACGCUGACAGCGACGCCCACGCCGGCAGCGACGCCAAAACAAGCCUCCCCCUCUCCUACCUCCGAUCGUUCGCGCUCUCUCUCUCCGUCACCCUCGCCGACUCGCUCCCGAUCGCUCUCCUGUCACAAACAACAACAUAAGAGCAGCGCAGCAGCCGCAGUCGCAGCAGAAGAGAGAGAGAGAACAAAUACUGUCUUACCGCCAUUUACCGUUAGACUGAGCAUCGAUCUCUUCAGCUGGUCGCUCUUUCUCUUGGCCUUCGGCACGCGUUUCUACAAGCUGGCAACGCCGCCGAAUAUUGUAUUCGAUGAACUCCACUAUGGCAAGUACAUAUCAAUGUACAUGCGCAACAUAUUUUUCUUCGAUCAACAUCCGCCGCUUGGCAAACAACUAAUCGCCGGUCUGGUGAGCCUGGCCGGCUACAAUGGAAACUACACUUUCUCCCGCAUCGGAGAGCCCUAUUCGCCGGACAUGCCCAUCUUCUGGUUCCGAUUCGUACCGGCCAUGUGCGGAAGUCUACUGGCGCCUGCAGUCUAUAAGCUGCUGCUGGAGGCGAAGCUGAGCCGCUGGUCAUCUGCCCUGGGUGGUCUGCUCGUCGUGCUGGAUAACUCGCUGUUGACCCAAUCGCGUUUCGUGCUCAUGGAAUCGAUGCUGCUGCUGGCCAGCACCCUGGGCAUCGCCUGCCUGCUCCGGUUCCAGCGGAGUCGUCUGGGCAGCCUCCAAUGGCUGGUGAAUGGAUCGGCGGCGGCCGUCUUCUUGGGCGCCGCUGGAACGAUAAAGUACAUCGGAUUUCUGGCGCUAGGCCUGGCCUUCUAUAUGCUAUGCCGACACCUGUGGCAGCUGCUCUACGACGCUACUCUAACUAAUCGCCAACUGUGGAUGCACGCAAUAAGUCGCCUGCUGAUCUUCGUUGGGAUUCCCAUAGCCGUCUACGUGGGAGUCUUCUACGUCCAUUUCCGGACGCUUCAUCGCGCUGGACCGCAUGACAGCAUCAUGACCAGUGCGUUUCAGGCUUCGCUGGAAGGUGGACUGGCAUCGAUCACGCGGGGACAACCGCUGGCGGUGGUCCAUGGAUCCCAGAUCACACUGCGCCACACCCACGGACGCACCUGCUGGCUGCACUCGCAUGCAGCCGUCUAUCCGGUGCGGUAUCCGGACAAGAGGGGCUCCUCCCACCAGCAGCAGGUCACCUGCUACUCCUUCAAGGAUGUGAACAACUGGUGGCUGGUGAAGCGACCGACAAAGGAAAACCUGGUGGUGGGAGAUAAUCCGGAUGUUAUUCGGCACGGCGACAUCAUCCAGUUGGUGCAUGGAAUCACCAGCCGCGCCUUGAAUUCGCACGAUGUGGCUGCCGCGAUGACGCCGCAAUGCCAGGAGGUCAGCUGCUACAUAGACUACGAGAUCAAGAUGGCCGGUGAGCUGUUGUGGCGCGUGGAGAUCCUGAAUCGCGAUUCUGAGGGAGACAGUUGGCAUGCCAUUAAGUCGGAGAUUCGGCUGGUACACGAGACCACGGGAGCCACCCUUAAGUUCAGUGGACGUCAACUGCCGGACUGGGGCUUCAAUCAGCACGAGGUGGUGGCGGAUCGGGAGCGGGGAGGACGCGAAGACACCAUCUGGAAUGUCGAGGAGCACCGCUACACACAAACUGAAGACCAUCGAGAACGAGAACGCCAACUGUUGAGCGCCGAAAUGAUACCCACUAAGCGGACACGCAUCUCGUUCUGGGCCAAGUUGCAGGAGUUGCAGUCUAAGAUGCUGUUCCAAACGAAAUCGGUGCCAAGUCACAUGUACAGCUCGAUGCCGCACGAAUGGCCGCUGAUGGACAAGGGCAUCGCCUACUGGUUGGACUCGGAGUCCAGUGCGCAGAUUUAUUUGCUGGGCAACUUACUCAUCUGGUACACGGCCACUACAGGAAUACUCGUCUAUGCCGGACUACUUGCAUUCUAUGCCGUACGCCGUCAACGUCUUUGCUUCGAUAUAUCGGAGCAGGAGUGGCAGCGAUUCCUGAUCGCCGGCGACACCUUCUUCGUGGGCUAUCUGAUACACUACCUGCCGUACUUUUUCGUGGAUCGCACACUCUUCCUGCACAACUACCUGCCAGCCUUUGUGUUUAAGUUACUCCUUUUGUCCUUUGUCGCAGAGCAUCUGGACUAUCUGCUAAGGCGAUUCUGCACUGGACGUGGUGUGCACCUGGUGCGCCUAUACCGCCUCAUGCUCAUCCUGUGGCUGGUGGGCGUGAUCAGCAUUUUCUUUAAGUUCAUACCGCUCAGUUACGGAGCGCGAAAGAUGAGCACCAGCGAGGUGCGCAGUCUGAGAUGGAAGGACACCUGGGACUUUGUCCUGCACAAGAAUCAUCUCCUGCACUGAACAAAAAGACCACCUGCCAUCUCCGCGGCCAGAGAGACGUGCAAUGAUGUACUCGUACCAUGUACAAUAGACUAGCUAAAGUUGAACUAGUGCUAAGCCAUAAAUUAUUUGACAUGUAAACAUACUCAUUUGCAAGACCAAUUAAACUAAUUAUUUAUUAUUUUAAA